CUCUCUCUCUCUCUCUUCCCCCCCGUUUAAGUUCAAUGUCACUCUGUCGUUUUUAUCUCUCGCUUGUAAUAAAGUUUUUCCGUGUGUGUGUGUGUGGAGUUGAAGAUGGCGGCUAGGUCGGAGCGCAGUCCUCCGCCUUUCCCGGACUCAGAGGAGCCCGAGCUGCUGGAGGACAGCGACGAUGGGGCAGAUGCGUUCACGGGCACGUCAAUCUCACAGAUGGAUUCUCCUAAAGACAUCUUCAGCGAGCCACCAGAAGACAUCUCCAGCGAUCCUCUCAGCAACAUUAACUCUGAUCUCCAGAAGAAAGUAGAUGCCACGAUCCCUUCUCCUAGCAGCGAUGAAGCCGACCUGUUCAGCGAGCCGCUGGACGAUGAUAGCGAAGUAAUGAGUUCACCUGAGGUCCAGAAUCCCUUGCCAGAUCUCUUGAACGAGCCUGUAAAAGCGCCAAAGUCUGGUGUCCUCGGUGAACCACCUGUGCACAAAAGCUCUUCAGUCAAGAAGGCGGCGAGUGCUGAGAUGUUCGGUGACGACGAUGACGAGGAGGAUCUGUUUAAGGAGCCGCCAAAAGUUUUGACGAAGAAGCCUCAGCCCUCGGGGCCAGCUGUUGAUGUUUUCACAGAGGUGAAGGUCAAGCCACAGGUUAAAGACGACCCCACGGAUCUGUUCACCGAGGAAGACUUGACUGCACCUGUCCCCAAACCCUCCGCCAGCAGCAGCAGCAGCUCCAGGACCAACGGGGUUCACUCCGAGGAGCAGGAUCUCUUCUCAGAAGCUACAGUGGAGUUGUCUCUGGACAGUCCUCGUAAUGACCGCAAGAAAGACGCUGUGAAACCGUCAGUAUCUGCUCCUGCCGCCCCUGAAGCCAGCAGCUCCAGCAGAGCUCCGUCCAAAACCCUGGAGGAGCUUGAGGAAGAGGAGAGCGAGGACAAGUUUGAUCUCAACAUUUCUGUCACGAAUCCAGAGAAAGUCGGUGAUGGUAUGAACGCUUAUAUGGCCUACAAAGUUUCAACACAGACGUCUUUAACCAUGUUCCGUAGCAAGACGUUUACCGUUCGCAGACGUUUCAGUGAUUUCCUGGGAUUGUUCGAAAAGCUCUCGGAGAAACACUCACAGAAUGGAUACAUAGUACCUCCAGCGCCGGAGAAGAGCAUCCUGGGUAUGACAAAAGUCAAAGUCGGGAAGGAGGACCCAUCGUCAGCAGAGUUUGUGGAGCGGAGGAGAGCCGCUCUUGAGAGGUAUCUUCAGAGGGUUGUGUCUCACCCGUCUCUGCUGCAGGACCCUGAUGUGAGAGAGUUUUUGGAGAAAGAGGAGUUACCCAGAGCGGUCAGCACACAGACUUUGAGUGGAGCCGGCUUCCUUAAAAUGCUGAACAAAGCCACGGAUGCUGUGAGUAAGAUGACCAUCAAGAUGAACGAACAGGAUGUGUGGUUUGACGAGAAGAUCCAGGAUGUAGAAAAUGAAGAGCAGCAUUUGAGGAAACUUCACGUCAUGGUGGAGUCACUCGUCAAUCACAGAAAAGAGUUAUCUGGGAACACAGCGUUGUUUGCGAAGAGCGUGGCGAUGUUGGGCAGCUCGGAGGACAACACGGCUCUGUCGCGAGCUCUGUCUCAGCUGGCCGAGGUGGAAGAUCGAAUCGAGCAGCUCCAGCAGGAGCAGGCCUCCAACGACUUCUUCACCUUCUCCGAGCUGCUGGCCGAUUAUAUACGUCUGUUGGGAGCUGUCAGGGGCUGUUUUGAUCAGAGGAUGAAAGCGUGGCAGCGCUGGCAGGACGCUGAGAACAUGCUGCAGAAGAAAAGAGAGGCCGAGGCCAAGCUCCUGUGGGCCAACAAACCUGACAAACUCCAGCAGGCCAAGGAUGAGAUCGCUGAGUGGGAAGCAAAAGUCACGCAGUACGAGAGAGAGUUUGAGAGAAUCUCAGCCACCGUACGGAAAGAAGUCAUCCGAUUUGAUAAAGAGAAAGCUCGAGAUUUUAAGAGACAAAUCAUCAAAUAUCUGGAGUCCGUGCUGCACUCACAACAACAGAUGAUCAAAUACUGGGAGGCGUUUCUGCCCGAGGCGAAAGCGAUCGCGUGACGCGGCGUCCGCACGCAAACACAAACUCCCCGCUAACUGAGGCCUUUCUACACUCUUUACCUCUCGCCUAUAAACCAAGAGAAACCGUGCUGCAAAGGGAAAUCAUCUGUCCGGAUGCUCGUUACUCUGAUUGAAUUAGUAACUUGUAUAUUUUCUGUGUAAUCGUCAUCUUUAUUUUCUUACUUUGUAUCUUUAUUGUUUUGGAUGUGAAUGCAUGUGGUGGCUGGGUGUUUUCCUCAUCUGUAUGCAACCACACCUCUGUUAUUGGUCAAUGGUUUUCACUAGAGGGCGCUCGCCCCUCUAUAAUACACUCACUCUGUAAGACACUUCCCAUCAGGCCACUUGUGGGACCUGUCAAGGAGUCUGUACUAAUUGAGGAGGGACAAAUAGUGAUCUAGUCUGUUUUAGACGUCUGGAGUAUUGGUUUAUACACCUGUAAACACCAUGAUGAUAUUGUAUUUUGCAGUAAAAGAGGCUGUAAUACAGUUAUUAGUGACAAUUUAAAUAAAAAGACUGAAACUGG